AUGCUAAAGAUUGAGGUGGAGCUCUUGGGAAUUACAAGAACGGUUUCCAAGAGGUUUGAAGAAGUUCUAGGGGUCAAUAAUUUUCACAAGGUGUUUAAGGCUCGCCAAGUCAAAAGAGCUACAGUAGUUUUGACUGGGCUCUACUGCUCAAGUAGAAACUAUAGGCGCUUGAGCAGCAGAGCGGUACAUCUCAUCCAGACCCAAGAGCUUGAGCGCCUACUUAAGUGGCAGAACUCAGACUCGAGUAGACACAGGAGCUCGAGCGGCAUGAGUGGUGCUCAAGAAGGAAAGGCAAAUCCAGCGCGUAUACCUGGCAAAUCUGGACAUAUUUUCUCCAAGUUUUGGAGUCCUUUAAGUUUCCUAUUCCUUCUAUAA